AUGGAUCACCGUCCGCAAGCAUGGGGCCGUCCUAGAGACGAUGUCUACGGCGCCUAUGAUCACUCAUACGUCCAGGAGAAUGCGCCCCGGACGCACACCCAGCAGCCCAUUGUCACGGGCACAUCCGUGAUUGGCGUCAAAUUCAAGGACGGCGUCAUCGUUGCCGCCGAUAAUCUGGCUUCGUAUGGCUCCCUCGCGCGCUUCACCGACGUCAAGCGCCUGAAGACGUUCCAAGACACCUCGGUCGUCGGCUUCUCUGGAGACAUCUCAGACAUGCAGUACCUCGACCGCCACCUCACCGACCUUGCGAUCGACGAGGCCUACUCCUCCUCCGCCACGGACGCGCCGCGCCUCAACGCCGCCAACCUCCACCGCUACCUCGCCAAGCUGCUUUACAACCGCCGCUCCAAGUUUGACCCGCUCUGGAACCACCUCCUCGUCGCCGGCCUCGACGACGAUCGCCGGCCAUUCCUCGCCGCCGCCGACCUCCUCGGCACCACCUACUCCAGCCCCUCCCUCGCCACCGGCUACGGCGCCAUGCUCGCCCAGCCCAUUAUGCGGCGCCGCGUUCCCGAUGACGAAGCCGCCGCCACACUCGAAAAGGACGAGGCCAUUGCGCUCGUCCAGGAGUGCAUGAAGGUGCUGUUUUACCGCGACGCCCGCAGCUUGGACACGUAUUCCAUCGCCGUCGUGACAAAGGACGGCGUCGAUGUAUCGUACAACAACAAACUCGAGAACCAGAGCUGGGCCUUUGCCGAGAGAAUCCGUGGCUACGGAACCCAAACAGUCUAG